AUGACUCCAAACGAUGCCGAGAACCCUCACAACGAGGCGGCGAUGGACAAGAGCGCAGGGCAGGACCUCCAGAGUCUUUUCGCCGAAGGCAUCGCCUGCAUCGCGACCCAAAAGAAUGACAACCUCUUUCAAGACUUGGAGACCCGGACGCUCACCACUAGAGAGCAGGAUAUCAUAAGCCAGAGGGUUGCUCUCCAGAGGCGGCUCUUUGAGGAGUACGAAAAGCGUGAGAUGGUUCGCAAGAUCCAGGAACUGAGAGAGGUGUGCCCUCAGAUCAGCGAGGCUGCCGCGGCUAGGGCUCUAGAGCUCUGCAAUGGCAGCGAGGAUGAAGCGGCAGCAGAGCUCGUGGGCAACCCCGCCUUUAGGACGACGGUCCCCAGCACCGGCGACGUCUCUGAUCCAGAGGGAAACCGGGGCGCUUUGCAGGACGGGUCUGCAGCCGGGGAGGAUGCUGCAGACAGCGACGCCACCGUCAGUGACGGGGAGGGUGAGGCCACGGCCGUCCCGGCCACAGACGGCAGCACGGCACUGGAUGCCGGGAACAUCACCCCCAUGCCCCAAGCACCAGCCCACGACGCUGGAGCGAGCGGAAACCUGGUUGACGAGGGAGCCGACGGCGCACUGCGGUACCGGCUGGCCGUGGAGAGCCACGGCAAGCUGAGGGCUGCCCGAGACUCCGAGCUGAAGGCGGCCCGGCAUGGUUCGCCGGAGCGCGGUUGGCACAACGCGGGCUACAUUUUCCCCCUAGGCUUCGUGUCGCGCACCCUCUUCCGCUCCUCGGUGGCCCUAGACCAGCUCUGCGUGCACGACUGCUAUGUGCAGGGCGAGGGUGGCGAGCACUGGCCCGGGCCCACCUUCCGCGUGGUGGCGCGGGACCGUCCCGACGAGCCGCUGGUGGCCAAGUCCUGCACGGGGUGCUGGACGGGGGUGCUCAAGCGCAUCAACGCCGAGAUCGAGGCGCGACGCGCGGCGGGGGAGGACCUGCCGCCCCCGCCCAAGACCGCCAUCGCCGGGCCAGAGUACUUUGGCCUCAACCAGACCAACAUCCAGGAGGCGGUGGAGGCGCUGGACCCGCACCAUCUUUGCGUCGAGUACUGGGCGGGCAAGGAACAGCGCUGCCGCGCGGCAGCCGGGCUGCCCGCCCAGCCCGGCCCGCCGCCCGCCCGUGCUGGCCGCGCCGCGGGCCCCCGGCCGGCGCAGCACGGGCGGCGGCGGGCCGGGCGUGAGGACCCGGACGGCACCGCGGACGACGAGGCGGAGGAGGAGGCGGGGUACGCCAGCAAGUGGUCGGGCAUCAACAGGUCGGAGCGGUACCGGAAACGGCGGGAGGAGGCCGGGGACGACGUGACGGCGCUAGACGAGGACAACCCGCUGCCAGACCUGCUGGACCCCAUCACCCUGGAGCCGGUGGUGCGCCCCGCCAUCUCGCCCUACGGCCACGUCAUGGGGAUGGCGACGUGGAAGGCUGUGCUGUCUGAGAGCAAGUCCUGCCCCUUCACCAAGCAGCCGCUGACCUGGGAGUCGUGCAAGGUGCUCACCAAGCACAACAUCCACCUGCACGCCGACCGCAUCAUCCGCUGA